UCAUCCAUCAUGUCCAUGUCAUCGUGUUUCGUGUCUUGAAAAUCCUUUAAGUUUUUGGAAGAAAUAGUCGCUGUUUUGUCAUCAUUCUGUGCUGAAAUAUUUUUGGUUUUGAUCGUCAUUCGUCAUGGCAGAAGAGGAGCUACAGAGACAAAGAGCUCCUGAGCCAGUGAAUAUCACGGUGCUACGAGCCAGACACCUUAGAGGCAGCAAAGGCGACGGGCUGAGCUCCUUGGUCAAAGUGGAAUAUGGCAGCAACACGCUGGGCGAGUCGGCCAAGGUGGACUCAACCAACGAGAUCGCCGCUGAGUACAACUUCAACGCCAAGUUUGACUGCAGCUUUGAUGACCCUGUGGUCCUGGACGAGAUUGCCUUCAAACCAGUUCUAGUGACGGUCGUUGAAGUUCUCCCCAAGGAGAAGAAGCAGAAAGAAGAGAAGACAGUCCUCCUAGGCCAGUGCACUGUGGAUCUACUGCCGUUGGUUCAAGGAGAGACCAAGUAUAAGAGUACACUCAUUAUCCAUUCAUUGCCUGGCUCACCACUGGAGAGCAUUCCGGCUGAUAGUCCCAAGGCAGAGAUCGACGUCGUGGUUUCGGUCACCGAGGCUUUACUUUCCGAGGACCAACUGAAGGAAAGCAACCUGCUGACCAUAACGGUGGAAGCGGCCUACUCUGUACCAGAGACAUGGAACCCGAGCGGUACUCAGUACAUGUACAACAUCACGCUGCCUGUACCGCUCUCAAAUGAGAGAGAGUCAACGGUCGUGAUUUCAAACGGCGCCCUGAAAGCAGCCAACGACAAAGAGCCGCCGUCCAAGCAGAAGAAAUGGCCUGCCCCUGCUGGGGCUCAAGGGGGCGCUAUCUUCAUUCCUGAUAAAUUUGUUCAAGCUGUGAGCUAUGAUGUAGAAGAUGGAGAACUUGCUGGCAAAGAGGAUCGUGAUUUCCGAGUUGAAGUCGAGACAGACAAGAAUCGCGUCAUCUGGAACUGUGAGCGCCGUUGCUACAUGGAACCAUCCGCUGUGCAAAGUCUGCAAACCAAGAUAGCUCAGACUCGUCUGUGGCCUGUGGAGCUCAUGCGGAUGCCGAUGCCGACCGCUGCCAAGGCCAAGGGAAAGGAGGAGGAGAACCCUAUUUUCUUCCACGGUGUUGCCUAUGUCAACAUGGCUCCAUUGCUCUAUCCUGGAGUGAACAAGAUACGAGGAGCAUUCAGGGUGCAUGCUUACAAUGAAGCGGAAAUUGUGGAGAAGACCAAGAGGAAGGGUGGCCUGGCGGAUGAAGCUGCCAGGAUGGCGACCUCUAUGUAUCGGAACGCAUCCCCAUCAAUCAAAGGCGGCAAAGCAGGCAAGGAUGAGAAAGGAGGAGGAAAAGAGAAAGACAAAGAGAAAGAUGCAGCUAAGAAGCCAUCUCAAAUGCUGAAGCCAGGCCAGCAGGCCCCUGACGCCAUGUCUGAGGUGGAAGCCCCACCUCAACAGAACCUUGAAGGCAUGCAGUACGAUGAGGCUCGGACCUACGUCAUUCUGGAGUUCACUCUGCAGAGAUCCAUGGUGCCAAAGAGGCUGCCUGAGGAGCUGGCCAAGCGAGUGGCUGAGUACAUUCCACCGAGGCCUCUAUUCCCACGGAGAACCAACGGUGCGCAGCGGGCAGUGGAAGACUUCCACAACCAGGUGGCUAACAUUGGCAGCAUGGUCCUUGAAGAAUUCAGGAGUUUGUUUGCUGGCCAGCUUGACAACGGUGAGCUCCCAUCCUCCAGCGAUGAUCAAGAAGAUAGGCGGAGGAAACUCACGUAUGAGUUGAAUUCAUCGGGAAAGUACUUUGCAUUCAAGGAACAGCUGAAGCAUUCUGUGGUGAAGAUUGUCCGUGAGAAAUACCUCAAAACCAGUGCCUUUGACAACAAAGAAGAGCUUCAGGCCUUCCUGAGCGAGCUGUACGUCUUCCUGGUAGACCAGAUGCAUUGUGGGCUAGGUAAGGUCCUGUCCCUCGAGGACGAGACGCCGGUCCCCGCCCCGCUGACUGAUUGCUCCCAGCUCAAGCAUUUCGCCCGAGAGGCCGAGGUCAACGAGAACUUUGAGCUCGCUGCCAAGUAUUACCAGGAGAGGCUGGCAAGAAACAGGAAUGAUGCAGAUUACUGGUUUGACUACGGCACAUUCUGCCUUCUCAUCAAUGAUGUCGCUAAGGCUGAGGAGUGCUUCAAAGAGACAGUCUCCAUCAACGCUCAACAUCUUCACGGUCUGCUCCUGUAUGGGGUUGUCUGUUCCAUCGAGGAGAGAAACGAUGUCGCAGAGACCUUCUUCGAGUCAGCUACCUGUGUGGACCCAGACAGUGUACUGGCUUGGACUAUGCUGGGUCUGUUCUACGACGGCAUCAAUCAGGAUAUUCAAGCGGAGUACGCCUUCAUGCAGGCACAGAAGAUCAACAUAGCCAAUGCCGUAGCCAAGAUGAAACAGCAGCAAGCAGCCGAGCAGCAGGCUAAUGCGUCUCAGCAGACAGCUGGGGGCGGGGACUUGGCUAAGGCUGGGGAGGAACAGGCCAGCGAGAAAGCCGAGAGUGAGAAGGGUGCCUUGGUGCCUCAAUUCACCAAGACCCCUGCCACGCCCACUGAUGCUAAGAUACCGAUCCGCCCACAAUCAAAGGACAAACCCCAGGCUCCCAAAAAGCGAAUGUCGGUGUCGUCUAAGUCUGAUGAUAUCCCAACUAUUGAGCUGAUUACAGCUCUGAGUUUAGACAACCAGCGUGUACGCAGCGCUACCAGUAACGUCCCUGGCAGUAAGCUGGGCAGUCGACCAGGCUCAGCCGAGCAAGAGGAACAUCAGAAGGAACCGCCAGUCCCUGUCCCAGAAUCAAGCAUCUUCAUGAUUGUUGUGGAAUUCCUCCUAGAAGUCAAAGCUUUACAGUUCUGUGAGCGUGCCCUAGCCCAUGAGCUCUUAGACCCCAAGGGAGGCCCCACCACAGCGUACUACGUCGCGCUGGCCAGAUUCAAGCUACAGAGGAAGGAACUAGAGGAAGCACAGGAUAGUCUGAACCAGGCCUUGCUACUCAACUAUCAGGAUGCCAACGCAUGGUCUAUCAUGGGUCACUUGCGCUAUCUUCAAGGCAACAUGCCAGACGCCAAGGACUGUUACGAAAGAACGUUGGCAUUUGUUGCCGACGCUAGAGAGAUGCACGCUAUCUACCUUCGUCUGGCAUCCAUCUACCUGCAGGAUGGAGAUUUCCAGAAAGCCAAGAAUGUUUUCCUGAUGGCGUGCAAGAAUUCCCCAUCCUGUAUCUCAUGGCUGGGUGUUGGCAUUGCCUGCUAUAGGUUGGGAGAGCUAUCGGAAGCAGAAGACGCACUCUGCGAAGCCAACAUUCUCAAUAACAGCGACCCCGAGGUCUGGGGCUACCUAUCCCUAGUCUGCCUGCACACCAACCGGCAGUUAGAGGCGGAGCAAGCGUACAAGUACGCCCUCAAAGUCCACCUCAAGGACGAGGAACUACUCCAGGAGAUUCACGACGUACAGGAGCAGGUUGGAUUUGGGAAUCCACAGUUCUAGAGCCUCCUCUUUCUACCUGGAUGCUCUGCCAAUAACAUCGCCGUAUCUCCAUGCUAAAUAGACGGCCUGGAUGGAUACCUGGGUACCCAAUACCCAUUCAAAAAUGGCAGGAAACAGGCGCCAUUUGAACGGCUUUAUUACCAGAAACUCUCAAGAUUUUUCAGGAGGGAGGGGGGCAUUGAGGAGGCAUUGGAGUCAAUAAAUAAAAAGCAUAACGAGUUCUGAAGAUAUGAAUCAAGAUUUGCAAUAAAUGGGGAGAGUUGCUAAGAAAAUUGGGAUUUUUCCAUUAUGUAAAAAGAUUCCAUUAUGUAAAAUAUUUGCAUAAAAAUAGCCACCACCCAUUCCCCCCGAUCCGCCAAUUCCUUUCUGAAAGGGAAACACAACAUUUUUAUGAGCAAUUGCCAGAAGAAAAAAAAUGUAGGAAAAAUUCUUAUGCUUCCAAGGAAUAUUUGACAUUUGUUACAUGUCCAACUGCUGUCCCUGUCUCAAUUGUCUUCAAAGCACACCCACGAGGAGGGGGGGCAAUUCUCUUUUUGAAUUUUGUAUAAAUUUGUGUAAAUUUCAAAGUUUGUUGUAAUUGAUUUAGACAUUUCUUCACAUUGUCAAAAUGUCCGUAUGGACAUAAUAGUGUGUGUACAUGUAUAUGGAAGUGACUUUUUCAUUCCAGAUUUUUUGGUCAAAUUUUAUAAAUCAGUAUGAAGUAUUUCACCUAUUGCCUUUGACAAAAUGUCAGCUUUCCGUCCAAAAUAACUUCCAAAAUAUAUCAGUUUGUUUUCCACUGCACAUUUCUAAUGUAUUAUAGGAUAUGUGUAACAUAGGUCGUGUGAACUACUAAUGUUUAAAAGGCUUCUUAAAAUGAAGCACAAAUUUAAAGAUGUCUUUAUCUUACCAUUUCGAGCAUUUUUUUUGUUCAAUUAUUAGUAGUUCAGUGCUCAGUUGGUUUUGUAUAUUUGGAAAUGGUCCUGACUUUUGUUUGAAUUCACAUUGGAGAGAUUUACAUCUCUCAUUUGUUAACGUAACUGUACAUAACUUAUUUCAUAGAGAGUUUGCAAAGAGCGCCCUCUCUGGGGACAGGUCUUUGUUCCUCUGUGAUACAGGCGAGUCGACACUUCGAAAAAUAAUACAAAUCUGUCCACAGUGAGUGCGCUCUGUGAAAACUCGAUAUUACUUUUAAAUGAGUGAGAUUAAAGAAUACAUAACAGCGCAUUGUUGCAAAUGCCACAAAAAGAA